AUGCCUGAGAUUGAGUACCUCCUAGCCCUCCCGCGAUCAACUGUUUAUCACACCCUACAACAUGAACCCGGCUCCUUCAAUGACACUUCCACUCGCAGCGGACGGCCUCGUGCACUCACCCGAGACGACGUUGAGUUCAUUCUGGAGGUUUGCGAGAUUCAGCCAAACAUCUAUCUUGAUGAGUUGAAGGAAGAAUUGGAGCUGCAAAAUGUAGACAUAUCAUUGGCUGCUCUUUGCCGGUAUCUUCAUCGGAAUGGCAUUACACAUAAACGACUUGCUCGGAUUGCUCGUGAACGCGACCACGCAAGGCGUGCACUUUUUGUUGAUACGGUGCAGCAAUAUGAUGCAGCCCAGUUGGUGUCAGUCGAUGAGGCUGCGGUGGACACUCGUAACAUGACGCGGAACUUCGGCUGGUCCUAUAGUGGUGUACGGGCUUCUGAGAGAGUGCCAUUGGAACGUGGUAUUCGAUAUUCUGUUCUGCCCGCAUUGAGUCUCGAUGGUGUACUACAUGUCAACAUUGUUGAAGGAUCAUUCAAUGCAAUCACAUUCUGA